AUGAUCAACUCUAAGAGACUUUUGCAGAUGGCUCACAAUUGGCAAACGCAAGCCACUAAACAAAGGAAGAGAAUUUCCUUCAAGAGAACUCCCAAUCAAAGAGGGUGUUCGGUAGCCGAUGAGGGCCACUUUGUCAUCUAUACAAUAGAUGGAAGCCGGUUUAUGAUUUCAUUGGCGUAUCUCAACCGCCCCAUCUUUCAAGAGUUACUAUCCAUGGCGGAAGAGGAGUUUGGAUUCACGGGAUGUGGUCCUCUGCAAGUGCCAUGUGAGGCAUCUGUUAUGGAGUACAUAGUGUCUCUAUUGAGCAAGAAUGCUUGUGUGGAGGUGGAGAAGGCAUUGGUUUCCAUAACAUCAUGCAGAGAACCUUCCCUUCCCGUGCAUAGAAUCGUGCCUGACAACUAA